GUCACUCAAGGCUCCCUUGCUUUGAAUUUGAAUGAAAGUAUCUCGCUGGAGGUGGCAGCCUUCUAACCCGCGCAGUUUGAUCUCACAUACCGGUCAACACGCACCUGCACCUGGAUUCCGCCAGGCCCUUUCACUGCUCUCGGUGUCGGCGCCAAAAAUAAGCCCGCCACCGCCUUCACCCGGUCUACCGAUUUGGGAAAUCCGGCUCCCCAAUCUCGACCUCAACACCGUUACUGUGAAGAGUUAUCGCGUGCGGUCACGUAUUUCGGCCGUUCUCAACACGACUUCCUCCUUCCGAUAUUCCCACCACAAAUGACGACUCCACAAAAUCCACCAUUACCCUCUCCACCCUUCUACACCAUCAGCAACAUCAAUAACCUCCGCGAUGCGGCCCUCUCAUCAGGCGGCCUAACCACCUCCAGCGGCGCAAGCAUACGCCCAGGGGUCCUAUUUCGCAGCGCUGAAGUCAGCAAACUCGACAGCGAGGGCUGGAAAGCUAUCCACGACCUCGGCAUAAGCCAUGUGUUCGAUCUGAGGAGCAAGCCUGAAGUCGACAAGGGCUGGAAGGGGGUAACCGGCGAAGCAGAAAACGGCGAUGGUAAAGAUGUGAGAGCCGGAUGGGAAGAGAGUAUGAAGGAGGUAGGAGUGAGCCGGGUGUGGUGUCCGGUUUUCAAUGAGGCGGAUUAUAGUCCUGAACGGCUGGCGGAACGGUAUAUGAAGUACAUGGGCGAGAGUACCGAUGGAUUUGUGCAGGCGUAUCGUGAUAUUCUAAUGCAUGCCGGCCCCGCCUUCGCCGCUAUUCUACGGUAUCUCGCUAAUUUGCCGAGGCCGGGCGACGAGGAUAUGAGGAAAGUCGGUGCGCUGAUCCACUGCACUGCGGGCAAAGACCGCACCGGCAUUUUCUUCGCCAUCCUGUUCUCCUUCCUCGGCGUCUCGAACUCCGCAAUCGCAGAGGAAUACAACCUCACCGAGCUGGGGCUCGGACACAUGCGGGAUGAGAUUGCCGGCAGGGUUAUGCAGAGUCCGGGGUUUAGGACGUACGCAUUGAGCCAGAUGGCGGGGAAAGAGCUGAAUGCAGAGCACCUUGCGGACGCACUGAAGAGCAACGCUGACGGUAGGACGAAUGGUGCGGAGGUGGUCAUCCCGGAGGAGGUGCUGGAGAAGGGGAGGCGGGCGGUGCUGCGUAUGGUCGGGGCUAGGAGGGAGAGUAUGUUUGGUGCGCUGGAGAUGGUGGGGAAGGAGUGGGGGAGUGCGGAGGAGUACAUGAAGCAGGUGUGCGGAAUGCAGGACGGGGAGCUGGAAGCGCUGAGAAGGAACCUGGUCGUGGAAUCGUGAGUAACUGUCGCUUCGCUUAGGGAUCAAAGAUCGAGGAGUGCUUGAACGGCUUUUCGAGAUGCGGUAUCUUUACAGCCCACUUCAUAGCGUCUAGAAUGCCAGCUAAUAGCUCUGGGUGCGUACAAAAAGAUCACUCACCAC